AUCCCAAAAUUUCUCAGAGAAUCUGACGGCAGUGACGGGCGCACUCAAUGAGCAUCGAUUCUGAGGGAAUCGUCAUAAUAUAUCAUCAUCUCUACGUGCUUGCUCUUGCUGAGAACAGAGAGCAGAAUAGCAGAAGAGAAGAAUGGGAGUUGUAAAGGGAGUUGUGUUAGAUGCAUCGGCACUGUUAGCCGCCGCCGUAGACGGCGACGGAAACGGAUACCCGGCUUCGCUUCUUCACGGAGCUGAGUAUCUGCUCCGCAGGCUUCAGUACUCCAAAAUUCCCACUGGAAUAUCUUAUGAAGAAGGUCUUUCCACAGUUGAGGUGAAGCUUCUUCAAGACAAAGCAAAACAGUAUUCUUUUGAUUGUUUCACCUUGAGGUCUUCACCUAUUCAUGAUUUGGCAUGGGGUGGCAAUGAAGGAAGCUUUGUGUACAUUGUUCAUGAAUAUAAAAAAGAGCCUUUUCUCGGACUCAGUAAAACUAAAUGGAUUACUGUCAUUCUACGGUCUACUGGACAAGUAUCAGAUAAAGAUGUGAAAUAUGCAAUUAGAAGUGAAAUUCCAAACACAAUUUUCAUUAACAAACUUGAAGAGGUGCCCCUUACCAUUUGCCUUAUCAAUAAACAGGCAAUAGGAAAGGAAGUUUCGAUAGUUGGCUAUUUAAUGAAGGCUUCCCGUGAAGAAGAUUUUGCCAAGAGGGGUGCAUUCCCAUUGAAUCCUACGCAGAAUGGUUUGAUGUUUGUGUCCCUUAAUUAUGAGCUCUCCAUAUCAUCACAGAUAGAAAACGUUGAUGGAGUUCUUCAUAAAGCAACUGAUGAGAUUUUAUCCGCAGAAAUGAGUUCUUCAGAUUUUGCAAAUAGAAUAGUGUUCACAGAGGGCGUGCAAUCAUUGCAAAGGUAUACUGAAUGUCAUCUUAACUGCCACGUGAUUGAUCCAUUUAAUAACAUCUACUCUAUUUUGGAUCGGUUGAGAAUCCAGCAACAUCUUCUUGGCUUGGAGAACCUGAAUUCAGAAGGUCAUCCUAGAAUAAGGGGUCCCCAUUUUCUCAAGCUUAAUAGCUUUGGUGAGCCCCAAUUAGAAAAGAGAUUAGCAGAGGCUAAGCUAAGUGUUCCAACUAUAGUGAAACCUCAGGUUGCUUGUGGUGUGGCAGAUGCCCAUAGUAUGGCCAUUGUCUUUAAAGUGGAUGACUUCAAAGAUCUCAAUGUUCCACUUCCAGCGGUUGUACAGGAAUAUGUGGACCAUUCAUCCACUUUGUAUAAAUUCUAUGUAUUGGGGAAGAAAGUUUUCUAUGCAAUUAAGAAGUCUAUACCUAAUGCAGACACCUUGAUGAGAUUAUCCGAGGGGAAUGGGUUAAAGCCAUUGCUUUUCGACAGUUUGAAAUCACUGCCUGUCGAUAAAGAGAAACCACAAUCUGGAGAUAUGGAAUCCAAUAAUUCUAGUAGUAAGGGCAUUGAUCUUCAACUUGUGACUGAGGCUGCAAAUUGGCUCAAGAAAACUUUAGACCUCACAAUCAUUGGCUUUGACGUUGUGAUCCAGGAAGGCACGGGCGACCAUGUGAUUGUGGAUGUAAAUUACCUGCCAUCAUUCAAGGAAGUCCCUGAUGAGAUUGCCAUACCUGCUUUCUUUGAGGCCAUAAAGGAGAAGCUGGAAAUGAAGCCAACCACAGCUCACAAACUUGCUUAAAUUCUGCAAUUUAUUGAAGUUGUACCAAUGCAUAAUCGAGUGUCCUUUGCAUAUUUUUUUUCUCUAUUGUAUUUAAAACUUAAAUUGUUGAAUUGAACAAACUUAUCCCACUUUUGAAAGUGGUAUACAGUUUUAUGAAUGUAGAUGCUUCGAAAAAUAAUUGCAGAAAUUGUUG